GGGGAGUGGGGGGCGCUGGGGGCACACCGAGGCCGGGCUGAUGCCAUGGCGGAGCUGCCUGGGGGGGCAGGCAGGGAUGGGGAGUGCUGGGGUGAUGCCCGGGGGGGCACAGGGCACGGGGCGAUGCCUUUUCCUCCAGCCCCAAAGCCCAGCCCUGGCUCCCGGCUCUCCUGACCCGUUUCUGUCCCCAGGGCCGUUCCCAGGCCAGCCCUUGUUCCCGGGCCCGGCCCCCCCCGGGUACCCCCAGGCUCUGCCCCUGCCGCAGCCGCCCCCCUACCUUGACCCUGCCGCUGCAUACCCCGAGCUCUACCGUCUGAGCUUCGUGCCCCUGGGCGCUGCUGGCAUCCCCCCCGUGUCCCCAGCGUACCCAGGGGCGUCCCUGUACCUGCCCCUGGCCCCGCCACUGCCCCUGGGGGCUCUGGGCUCCCCCGUGGCCUAUUUGCCCCUGGGCCAGGUGUUCCCACCAGGAUCCACCGUGCUGCUCGAGGGGGGCUUUGACACCGCUGCCAGGCUGGGGACAGGGGGCACUGCCAGCAUCCCGCCGCCGCCCGCCGGGUGCCCCCCGGGAGCCCCCCCGGUGCCCGUCCCGCCCGGAGCCGCCGUCCUGCUGCCCCCACGCAAGGGGGGCUUCCUGGGGGGGGCCGGGGGGGCCUUCAGCCUCUGGUGAGGGGGGGCCGGGUUUGGGGGUCCCCACCCGUCAGCACCUCCCCCCAGGGACCUGAACGGGGCCUGGGGAGGGACCCCCCCCGGGGGGACACGAGUGGGUGACAGGGGAGGGGUCCCGGGGGGCUCAUUCACAAACAGGGGUGAGCUCAGCCCCGCCCCUUCCUCAUUUACACGCCGCUGUAAUUAAUUAAUGGCCUAAUUACGCCCUGGGGAGGGGUUUCCCCUUCCACCGCCCUCAUCACUCUGCUGGAGCCAUCCGGGUUUCUCUUCUUUCUGGGAAAGGUGGAUUUUGGGUAGGAAACAGAAAAAAAUCUCGUCUCCAGAGGCAAAAUCUCCUCCUCAGAGGCAAAAUCUCCCUCCCAGAAGCAAAAAUCUCCUUCCCAGUGGCAAAAUUCCCUUCCCAGUGGCAAAAUUCCCUUCCCAGAGGCAAAAAUCUUCUUCCCAGAGGCAAAAAUCUCCUCCCCAGCAGGGGCAGGGACACCUGAGCCCUUCCUGGCCUCACUCGAGGUGCCCCCUCACCCUCUCCCACCUUUCUCCCCCAGGAACCUCUGUCCUGGGAUUUUUUUUAACCCACUCCCAGUAAUCUCGGAUCGUUUGCACCUCAGCUCUAAUCAAAGCCAUGAGCGGUGCCAGGGCCGUGCUGCAGCUCCCGGGGGAUCCUCCCAUUCCAGCUAGAGCCAGGUUUAAUUGAUGCUUCAUUAGCAAACGCUUGGUUUUAACUCAGACCUGGUGUUUUCGCACCCAAAUUCCUUAAAUCCGAGAGGCUGUUUCCAUCUGUCCCCGGGGUGGGGAUGUCAGGGAGCACCCAAAUCCCUUGGGUUUCCUCUUUGGGAUGGGAAUGGUUUGGGGGUUAUCGAUGGGUUGAUCAAUGAGGUGUUGAUUGGUGGGUUUAUGGAGGAGUUUUAUCAAUGGGAAGUUUGUCGGUGGGUUUUUAUGAAUGGGAAGUUUGUGAAUGGGUUUAUCGAUGUGUUUAUCAGUGACUCACACCUGCAUUGAUAACCAAACCUCCACAAGAUUGGGAGGAGCACUUCAGGGAUCCUCAGUCGGGUGUUUUCCUUCCUUUUGGUUGUUACUUGAUGAAGAAAGAGCUCAGAUUCGACUCUAUUUUAUCUUAAUAUUUCACUUUAAUCUGAAUCUGUGUUCUGUGUGAGUGUGACCAUCCCUGACUGCUCCCGAGCUCAGCUCUCGGACUCUCUGUGCUGCACUGAACUUGUGGAGUUUUUAUACUAAAAACCAAAAAUAAAAUAAAGAUUAUUUUGAAAAUUUAAA